AUGACGACCCGCGAGGACGUGCCCAUCCCCGACGCCGGGCUGCCCGCGCCGUACGUGUCCGAGCCGGUGGCGCCGCACAUCAUGGCGGACGAUCGGAGCGACGCGGGCUCGAGCACCAGCUCGGGCAUGCUGUCUGACACCCGCUCGGACACCCGCUCCCGCCGCACGAGGUCGGUUGACACCACCCCGAGCGCGGGGCAGCGCGGCUCCGUCCGCUCCCGCCACACCCGCGCCUCCAUGUACUCCAAGGCCGCCACCAACUAUGACCAGGUCCCCAACGUGCUCUCCAUGUUCGAGUGGAACGGCGGUGGCAGGAACGUCUUCCUCACCGGUAGCUGGGAUAACUUCACCGAGAAAAUCCCCAUGGAGAGCGUCCAGCCCGGCCAGUUCAGGGCCGCGGUCCAGGUGCCGCAGGAACGCCUCGAGUUCAAGUUUGUUGUCGAUGGCCGCGAGAAGUACAACCCCGACUACCCGACUAUGCAUACCGAGGAAGGGGAGCGCGUUAACGUCAAGCAUGUCGACCCGGACACGAAGAAGAAGACUGCCGGCCCGGUGCGGAAGAUUGUCUCUAAGAUUUCAGGUCUGGACAUGUAUUCCCCGUUCCAUCUACAGGAGACCAUUUCCAUGAUUGUUUUCCGCGUCUUCUACAUCCUCACCAUCCCGGCCGCCUUCUAUUACUUUUACUGGCUCAGCGCCAAGGGAGGCAAUCAGGAUGCAAAGAUCCCCUGGAUUCUGUUCGUCGUCGCCGAGAUCUUUUCUUUCAUCUCCGCCGUCAUCGGUCUUUUCGGUAUGUGGGCCCCAGUCAAUAGGAAGUGGCGCUCGCUCGACUCGCUCAAGCCCCCGCUGCCGGAGGCCGACUGGCCCACCGUCGAUGUUUGUAUUGCUCAUUACAAGGAGCCCGCCGAGCAACUUCGGAACACUGUCCGCGCAGCUUUGCGCCUCGACUAUCCGAGCCACUUGCUUCGCAUCAUCAUCGCUGACGAUGGCUACUUCCCAAGUGCCAAGAGUGUCGAGCGCUCUCAGCUCGGUCUCGACAUGUACCAGCUCCUCGCCGAGGAAGCCGGGUACGACCCGCUACUGGAGGAAGUCAUGAACGACCAGGGUCUUGUCGAACAUUACACCGUCCUCGCGGAUGAAGACAUCAUCCGUCCAGACUGCUCCAAGGAAUGCCACGUCUUCGACUUUGGUCCCUUUGGCGAUGACAUGUACGCCCCUGGCGCCUUGCCGCGUCUCUCCCUCAUCUCCCGUGUCAAGCCGGCCAACCAUCACAACAAAGCCGGUAACAUUAACAACGUCCUCUUCAACUCGGGUGCGGACGGCAAGGUCAUCCUUUUCCUUGACGCCGACAUGCAGCCGACGGAGAACUUUUUGCUGCGUACCGUGCCCUUGCUGCUGGAAGAGAUGCGUGACGACGCUGUCGAGAACACCCUCGUCCUCGAUGACGAUCCGGAGAUCGGCCGCCACGCUAACAGUGCCUGGAGGGUCAACCGCGACGUCGCCUUCAUCCAAGCCCCCCAGCGCUUCCAUAACGUCGACCACGCCGACAUCAUGGCCCAUCGCAACGCUAUCUUCUACGAUGGUAUCUGCCGUGGUCGUGAUGGCUUCGGUCUCACGCCCUUCGUCGGGACGAAUGCUGUUUGGCGCCGUGAAGUACUUACCGAGAUUGGUGGCUUUGUUUACGGGUCUGUGACGGAAGAUACCCUCACGUCCAACGAGGUUCAUCGUCGCGGCUACAUCUCCAAGUACGCUGCUGAAGACAUGGCUUACGGUGAGGCUCCGGUCUCCGUCGCCGCCGCCAUGCUCCAGAGGCAGCGUUGGGCUAAGGGUGCCAUUAUGAACGGCAUGCUCAUUUUCAAGCGUGCUGCGGAAGAGAAGAAGAGCCAGAUCGCUGCGCGUCGUCGCGGAGAAAUUGACGAGUUCUAUGAGUACCGGAGACACGGACGCCGCCCGAAUAAUGGCUUUGUACGAGCUAUGUUUUGGCUUGAUUCGACCCUCUAUCCCUUCCUGGGUAUUGCUGCUUACAUGUACAUGUUUGUCGCUCUGUACUACCUCUUCUCCGGUCAAGCGCCCAUUGACCCGCGGUCGUUUGCUGAUCUUGCGUCUGCAUUCGUUCUCUAUUACUUGAUCCGAUACAUUUCUUUCUUCGCAGCCUUCACGGAUGUGGCGUACAUCGAUAUUCUGCGUUCACAGGAGACGUGGUUCAGCUACAAUAUCUGUCAUGUCAUCGGCAUGUGGGACGCUUUCAUGGGCCAGAAGAUGAGUUGGGUUGCCAAUACCGGACAAAGAAAUCGGCGUAACUGGAUGGAGUGGGUGAACAUCUCGAUAGUUGCAUUGAUGGUCGUGGGGUUGAUCACAAGGGUGAUCCUCUUUUUGUACAAGGACGGAGGAUGCCGGCCGUGGGAAUCGCUUGGUGCGGUAUUAUUUGGUCUUUACAUCGCAGUUCAUAUGUGGCCAAUGGCAGCAAUAUCGAUCUCAGAGCGUCUCAAGGGAAGGAAGGCUGAUGACGUCGCACGAGGAGUAGACUUGCCCCUUCCGAUCAUCUACUCCUGCGUGACUAUUCUCGGUGUUCUGGUUUUGGCCAGAUGGUCAUCGACACCGUGCGCCGAGACUUCCACUGGUUUCUAG